UUUUGGAGCUGGGCUGCAGAGGGAAAGUAAAGCACGUCAGCAAUUUGACUGGAGAACAACCCAGAGGAGGGCAACCCAAGAUGGAUUACAGCUCGUUUAGUGGAGUCCCCAGGUUCUUGACCCGGCCUAAGGCGUUUAUGGUGUCUGUGGGGAAGGAUGCCACCUUGAGCUGCCAGAUCGUUGGAAACCCCAUCCCAAUGGUGAGCUGGGAAAAGGAUAAACUUCCAGUGCAGUCUGGGGGAAGAUUUAAAACCACAGAAGAUGGAGAUCUCUACAGGCUAACAAUCUACGAUCUGAGCCUGGAGGACAGUGGCCAGUACAUCUGCCGGGCCAAGAACACCAUCGGGGAAGCAUUUGCAGCUGUCAGCAUCAAGGUGGGGGAGGAGACGACGGUGACUGAGUCAGCCCCGUACUUCAUCCAGAAACCCUCCUCCAUCAAAGUCACGCUGGGAGAAGAUGCCAUGUUCAAAUGCAAAGUCCAGGGCAGCCCUCCCCUCUCGGUGAACUGGGAGAAGGAUGGCAGGUACCUGCGGAACCGAGCUGAUGCUGGACGCUUCCAGAUCGAGUCAGCUGGGGAGUCAAACGCUCUCACCAUCCAGUGUGCCCGCCUGGGGGACAGUGGCACCUACACCUGCCGGGCAGAGAACCUCAUCGGCACCGCCAGCGCCUCAGCCGCUCUGGUGGUGGAGACGCAGGGCUCUGCCAACCCGGGCAGCAGCAGCCGCUUCGACGCCAGCUGCGGCAAGACUGCAUCCUUGUUGUCUCACUUGCAGAAGAGGCGCGAGGAGAUCAGGAAGAUGGACGUCUCCCACGGGACUCUCGACUCCAUGUCUACCCUGGCAGAAGGGUUGGCUGGCAUCGGCUACGGCCUCUCCCGGGACUACGAGAGGGCAGCGGGGCUGGCCGCCAAGGGGGCCCGCAACACCGCUCUGGGGGCCCUGACUCGCACCUGCAGCGUGACGGAGGGGAAGCACGCCAAGCUCAGCUGCUACGUGACGGGCGAGCCCAAGCCGGAGAUCGUCUGGAAGAAGGACAACGAGGUCAUCGUGGAAGGGCGGCGGCACGUCAUCUACGAGGACGACCAGGAGAACUUCGUGCUGAAGAUCCUCUUCUGCAAGCAGGUGGACAACGGGCUCUACACCUGCACCGCCUCCAACCUGGCAGGCCAGACCUACAGCUCCGUGCUCGUCACCGUCAAAGAACCCUCAAUACCCUUCAAGAAAAAGCUGACGGAUCUUGAAGUGAGGGAGAAGGAAUCUGCCACCUUCCAAUGUGAAGUGCCUGCUCCUAGUACAGAGACAGCUUGGUUCAAGGAGGAAACCAAACUCCGGCAGAGCAAGAAAUACAACAUCGAAGAGGAGGGCACCUACCGCCGGCUCACCGUCCAGGACGUCACCGCAGACGACGACGCUGUCUACAUCUGCGAGAUGAAGGAAGGCAGCAGGACCAUUGCAGAGCUGUCUGUCCAAGGGAACAUCAUCAAAAAGCUUCCCCGGAAGACGGCGGUCUUCGUGAACGACACUGCCAUCUUCUGCGUGGAGCUGGACAGCGAGUGCCAGAGCGUCCAGUGGCUCAAGAACAAGGAGCUGGUGAGAGCCAGCGACAGGAUCUCCAUCACCUCCUCUGGCAAGCAGCACACCAUGACCAUCCGAGAGUGUAAGAUGGAAGAUGCUGGUGAGAUUGCCUUCCUGGCCGACGAAAGCAAGACUACUACCCAGUUCACUGUGACCACUCCCAAGAAACCACCCACCCAGGCCCCCAGUGACCCCGUGGUGAAGAAUAAAACAGAAACCUCCGUGACGCUGUCGUGGUCCCCCCCCAAGGCAGACCGUCCCAUUGCAGUCGAUGGCUACGUUGUGGAGCGCAAGAGACUCACUGGCUUUACCUGGGUGAGGUGCCACGAGGCCCCCGUCCCUGCCCCCGAGCUCACCAUCAGCAACCUCUCAGAAGAGGCUGACUACCAGUUCAGAGUGUCUGCUGUCAACACCAAUGGACAGAGCCCCUACUUGGAGUUCCCAGGGAGCAUCCACCUUGAACCCAUCCUGGCUGUGAAAUGUCCCCUGACAACCCUUGAAGCUGUACCUGGUGGCGAGGCUGUGUUUACUGUCGACCUUACGAAGACAUGUUCUGGCAAUUGGUACCUCAAUGGUAAAGUCUUACAGGAAAGUAAGACCUGCAUCAUUAAGAGAACCCAAACUACUCACACUCUAAUCAUAAAGAACGUCACCAAGAAUGAUGAUGGAGCCGAAGUGAAAUUUGUUGCAGAUAACAUUGACACCAGCACCAAGAUGAGAGUGAAAGGUGCUGCAGUGAGGUUUACCAACAAGAGCAGAGACAUAGAAAAGGUCUCCGCCAGGCUGCGGGAGGAAGCCAAACUCCUGGCUGAGCUUUCAGAUGCAGAAGCCACUGUGAAGUGGAUGAAGGAUGGGAAAGAGCUCAAGGCCAGUGACAAAUAUGAGCUUCAAACUGUGGGGAAGAGACAAAUCCUGAAAAUUCUCAACGCUGCAGCAGAGGAUGCUGGAGUUUAUGAGUGCACCUGUGAAGGGGAUAAAAUGGUCUAUCAGCUUUCAGUGAAAGCACUUGCAACCUUCAUAAACAAAGAGAAAAGUGGAGGAGUUGUCAGAGCCACCACUGGAAAACAGGCUGAGUUUGUUUCUGAGACCUCUGAGGCUAACAUCCUGGUGAAGUGGUACAAAGAUGGCAAAGAAAUCACAGCCAGCAAGAAAUUCACUGUGGAAGACAAAGGAAAGAUGCACAAGCUUGUGGCUUUGGCUGUGACAAAAGAAGAUGAAGGAACAUACACAUGCAGGAUAGGAGAUGACACUCUUACUUUUGAUCUAAAGGUCUCAGAUGAAGCUGUCCAUUUUGUCAACAAGCCCCAAAUGCCUCCAGAGAUAGCAGUCUGCCCUUCUGAAACCCUGGAGCUGGUGUGCGAGGUGUCAGCUGCCAGUGGAACUGUGGUGUGGAAGAAGGAUCAAACCGAGGUGAAGCAGGACCAGAGGACAGCAGUCAUCUCCCAGGGGACACACCGCAAGCUCAUCAUCAAGAAGGUGACACAACAAGACCAAGGGAGCUACACCUGUGAAACAAAGGAUGACAGAGCAACAUUCCAAGUCAAAGUCAGAGAGACAGAAGAUGUGUUUACAAACAAGGACAAGAUACAAAAAGAGGUGAAAGCUGCGCUGACACAAAAUGCCACCCUGAGCUGCGAGGUGGCCCAGGAGAAGACUGAGGUGAAAUGGUACAAGGAAGGGAAGCUGAUCACUGGCAGCAAGAAGUUCAAGGUGGAGUCAGAGGGCAAAUGUCGUCGGCUGGUGGUGGGUCAGCUGGAGAAGAAAGAUGCUGGGGAGUACACCUGUGAGGCUGCUGGCCAGAAGCUGACCUUCAGAAUUGAUGUCACAGAAGCAGAAGAUGCAUUUACCAACAAGGACAAAGUGAAGAAAGAGGUGAAAGCUGCACUGUCAGAAAACCCCACCCUGAGCUGUGAGGUGGCCCAGGAGAAGACCGAGGUGAAAUGGUACAAGGAAGGGAAGCUGAUCACUGGCAGCAAGAAGUUCAAGGUGGAGUCAGAGGGCAAAUGUCGUCGGCUGGUGGUGGGUCAGCUGGAGAAGAAAGAUGCUGGGGAGUACACCUGUGAGGCUGCUGGCCAGAAGCUGACCUUCAAGAUUGUUAUCACAGAGGCAGAAGAUGCAUUUAUCAACAAGGAGCAGGUGCAGAAAGAGGUGAAAGCUGCACUGUCAGAAAACACCACCCUGAGCUGCGAGGUGGCCCAGGAGAAGACUGAGGUGAAAUGGUACAAGGAAGGGAAGCUGAUCACUGGCAGCAAGAAGUUCAAGGUGGAGUCAGAGGGCAAAUGUCGUCAGCUGGUGGUGGCCCAGUUGGAGAAGAAGGAUGCUGGGGAGUACACCUGUGAGGCUGCUGGCCAGAAGCUGACCUUCAGAAUUGAUGUCACAGAGCCAGAAGUUGUCUUUACAAACAAGGAGCAGGUGCAGAAAGAGGUGAAAGCUGCACUGUCAGAAAACACCACCCUGAGCUGCGAGGUGGCCCAGGAGAAGACUGAGGUGAAAUGGUACAAGGAAGGGAAGCUGAUCACUGGCAGCAAGAAGUUCAAGGUGGAGUCAGAGGGCAAAUAUCGUCGGCUGGUGGUGGGUCAGCUGGAGAAGAAGGAUGCUGGGGAGUACACCUGUGAGGCUGCUGGCCAGAAGCUGACCUUCAAGAUUGUUGUCACAGAAGCUGAAGAUGCAUUUAUCAACAAGGAGAAGGUGCAGAAAGAGGUGAAAGCUGCACUGUCAGAAAACACCACCCUGAGCUGCGAGGUGGCCCAGGAGAAGACAGAGGUGAAAUGGUACAAGGAAGGGAAGCUGAUCACUGGCAGCAAGAAGUUCAAGGUGGAGUCAGAGGGCAAAUGUCGUCGGCUGGUGGUGGCCCAGUUGGAGAAGAAGGAUGCUGGGGAGUACACCUGUGAGGCUGCUGGCCAGAAGCUGACCUUCAGAAUUGAUGUCACAGAGCCAGAAGUUGUCUUUACAAACAAGGAGCAGGUGCAGAAAGAGGUGAAAGCUGCACUGUCAGAAAACACCACCCUGAGCUGCGAGGUGGCCCAGGAGAAGACUGAGGUGAAAUGGUACAAGGAAGGGAAGCUGAUCACUGGCAGCAAGAAGUUCAAGGUGGAGUCAGAGGGCAAAUGUCGUCGGCUGGUGGUGGGUCAGUUGGAGAAGAAGGAUGCUGGGGAGUACACCUGUGAGGCUGCUGGCCAGAAGCUGACCUUCAAGAUUGUUGUCACAGAGCCAGAAGUUGUCUUUACAAACAAGGAGCAGGUGCAGAAAGAGGUGAAAGCUGCACUGUCAGAAAACACCACCCUGAGCUGCGAGGUGGCCCAGGAGAAGACAGAGGUGAAAUGGUACAAGGAAGGGAAGCUGAUCACUGGCAGCAAGAAGUUCAAGGUGGAGUCAGAGGGCAAAUGUCGUCGGCUGGUGGUGGCCCAGUUGGAGAAGAAAGAUGCUGGGGAGUACACCUGUGAGGCUGCUGGCCAGAAGCUGACCUUCAAGAUUGAUGUCACAGAGCCCAAACCUGCAUUUAUUAACGAGGAGAAGGUCCAGAAGGAGGUGAAAGCUGUCCUGAUGGAAAGUGCCACCCUCAGCUGUGAGGUUGCAGAGGAUACCACCGAAGUGAAGUGGUACAAGGAUGGCAAACUGCUGGUGUCCUCCAGAAAGUUCAAAAUAGAAACUGUGGGCAAAACUCGGCGCCUCGUCGUGGAGCAGCUGGAGAAGAGAGAUGCUGGAGAAUACACCUGUGAGGCUGCAGGCCAGAAGCUGACCUUCAAGUUGGAACCAACUGAACCAGAGGCUAAAUUUGAGAAGAAAGUUGUCCAGACAGAGCCUCUUGUUGUUGAAGAACAUGAGAGCAUCACUCUGCUGACCUCAGUAACACCUGAAACUGCUGCAGUAAAGUGGCUCAAGGAUGGAACAGAAAUCAAGGCGAGCAAGAAAUAUGUGAUUAAGAGUGAAGGGGCAACCAGGACCCUCACAGUCAACCUGGCUGAGAGCACAGACACUGCUGUCUACACCUGCCAGACAAGGAAUGACAAGCAGGAAUUCAAAGUACAGGUGAAAGAAAUCCCAGUGAAGUUUGCCAGAGCACUGGAGGCUGUUAAUGCUGAGAUUGGAGGCAGCAUCUCUCUGACCUGCGAGGUGAGCCACGCCAAGGGGAAGGUGGUGUGGCGCAGGAACGGCGUGGAGAUCCGAGCCGGCAAACGCUUCCAGAUCCACCAGGAGGGCGUCAGGCGAACCCUGACCAUAACAGGGAUCCGGGCCGAGGAUGAGGGAGAGUACUCCUGCGAGUCCAGAGACGACAAGAGCAGCGUUACCGUCGCCCCCAAACCUCCCAGAGUGGUGAAAUUCAUUACGAGUCUCAACAGUGUGGUCUCUGAAGAAGGAAAGGAGGCUGUGUUCAAGUGCACUGUCUCCCCCAGUGAUGCUGUGGUCACUUGGCUCAGGAAUGGCAUCAAGAUUGAAGCCAGCAAGAAGUAUGUGAUCUCGCAGCAGGGCGCCAACCACAGCCUCACCAUCGCUGAUCUGACGUUGGAAGACGCAGCUGAAAUCACUGCCAGUGCUGAGGGUGUAGAAAGCACAGCCAACCUCAGAGUCCGAGAGGCCUCAAUCUCCUUCAAGAAGAAGCUGGAGCCCAGAACAGUGGAAGAAAGAGACACGGUGACCCUGGAGGUAGAGCUGACCAAGCCUGCAGAGGUGAAGUGGAUGAGGAACAGCAUCGUGUUGAAGCCCAGUGAAAAAGUAGAGAUCAAAGCUGAGGGAACAAAGCACACCUUGGUGGUCAAGGACAUCUCCUUUGCAGACAGGGGCUUCUACUGCUGUGAGAGUCCUGAUGACAAGACCCAGGCCAAGAUCAACGUGGAAAUGAGGCAGAUCAAGCUGGUGAAAGGUCUUCAGCCUCUCCAAGUCUCUGAGAAAGGCACUGUCACCUUUGAGGCGGAGGUGUCACACGAGGACGUGGAGGGGACGUGGCAGAGGGAUGGCGUUCGGCUGAAGCCUUCGCCCACUGUCAGCAUUGGCGUGCAGGGCAAGAAACACUCCCUGACCCUUUCUUCGGUGACUCUUGAAGAUGCAGGACUCAUCUCCUUCAAAGCAGAUGGUGUUCACUCUUCAGGGAAGCUCACUGUGACAGAACUGCCUGUGAGAAUCAGCAAACCUCUGACAGAUAUCAAUGCAACUCAGAAGGACAAGGUCACCUUUGAGUGUGAGCUGUCCAGGCCCAACGCAGAUGUUAAGUGGUUCAAGGAUGGGAAGGAGCUCCGACCAAAUCAACAAGUGGGGAUUGCUUCCCAAGGAAAUAAGAGGAGCCUCAUUAUUCACAAGUGUGAAUAUGAAGACCAGGGGACCUACACAUGUCAAGUAGCUGAAGACAAGACAUCAGCUACACUAAAGAUCUGUGCCCGAGAUAUCAAGAUUGUCAAACCUCUGGAAGAUGUGGAAGUGAAUGAAUAUGAGAGUGCAUCUUUCGUCUGUGAAAUUUCUCAUGAUGAGGUCCAGACCCAAUGGUACAAAAAUGACAACAAGCUGAAGGCUGCUGACAACAUCAGAAUGCGUCAAGAUGGCAAGACCUAUUCACUGACUUACACACGUGUCCAAGUCCAGGAUGCAGCAGAGAUCAAGUUUGUAGCAGAAAAGGCAGAGUCUCGUGCCCAGCUUACUGUGAAAGAGCUGCCUGUAAAAAUUGUGAAGCCCCUGCGGGAUAAGAUUGCUCUGGAGAAGCAUCGCGGGUUCCUGGAGUGCCAGGUGUCUCGUGCCAACGCCAAAGUGAGGUGGUACAAAAAAGAUGUUGAGAUUCACCCCGGUGCCAAAUACGAAAUGGUGAGUGACGGCGUCUACCGCAAGCUCAUCAUCAACGACGCGGGCUAUGAGGACGAAGACACCUACACUUGUGAUGCCUUUGAUGACAAAAGCAGUGCCAAUUUCUUUGUCGAAGAGCAAUCCAUUAGUAUCAUAAAGGAGCUGUGUGACGAGGAUGUGACUGAGCCCGAGGAGGCCACGUUUGAAUGUGAGAUAUCCAUUCCAUCUGUGAAACCUCCCAAGUGGUUUCUACGUGGAGAAGCCUUGCAGGCUGGCAGAAACAUCAUCGUGCAUCAAGAGGGCACCACCCACAGGCUGACCAUACUGAAAACCACUGCCAGCAUGACAGGCACCGUUCAGUUCUCCAUUGGCAAAUCCAAAUCCACAGCAAACCUACUUGUCAGAGAUUACCACAUACAGAUCACCAGGAAGAUGGAGGACAAGACAGCUCUGGAGCGCCAUUCAGUCAUCUUGUCCUGUGACUUCAGGCCUUCCCCAAAGGUUGUGAAGUGGUUCAAGGACCACACACCUAUCGAGCCCUCUGAUAAGUACAAAAUCAAGCGGGAGGAGCAUUCAGCAGAGCUCAAGAUUUUGAAGGUGAAGCCUGAAGAUGCUGGGGUGUACAAGUGCAGGGCUGGGAACGCGGAGACUGAAGCCACGCUGACUGUCGAAGCCCGCAAUGUAGAGGUCCUCAAACACCUGCAGGACGUGGAAAUUGAAGAGGAGAGCUCUGCUGUUUUCUCCUGUGAGCUGUCUCACGAUGAUGAGGAUGUGGAAUGGUUCCUCAAUGGCACCCUCCUUUACACCAACAACUUCAAUGACAUCAGGACCGUUGGCAAUUGCUACAUGUUGACAAUGAAGCAGGUCAAACCUGAAGACGCUGGCACAGUGACAAUGAAGUCAGACAAGGUGUCUGAGAGCGUGCGGCUGAAGGUGAUAGAGAAGCCUGCUGUCUUCAUGAAGUCCUUAGAUGAUGUAUUUGGCGAGGAGCGCGGUGUGAUUAAACUGGAAUGUGAAGUCUCCAAAGAAAAGGUCAAACCUAUUUGGAAAAAGGAUGGUGAGAAGCUCCCUGCUGGUACCAAGUAUGAGCAGAUACAGUCUGGCAAGACCCUGUGCCUCCUUAUCCAUGACCUAGAAAAGGCAGACGCAGGUUUAUACACCUGUGAUAUUGGCAGCGAUGUUGCCAAGUCAAAGGUCAGCGUUCAGGAACUCAACAUCGGCAUCACCAAACGGCUGAAGAACACUGAAAUCCAGGAGGGAGAAGACUGCACUUUUGAGUGCAUUUUGUCCCACGAAAGCAUUGACGACUUCAACUGGACCCUGAAUGGGAGCAGGGUGGAAAGUGGUGGGCGAUUUAAAGCCUCCAACGUGGGUCGGAAGUACACACUCAGCAUCACGAACGUGCUUCGUGGCGACGCUGGCGAAGUCGUUUUCACUGCCCGUGGUCUGACCUCCAAAGCUUCUCUGCUCGUGACAGAAAAACCUACGGAGGUCAUAAAGCAGCUGGAGGAUAAAACAUCAGCAGCAGGGCAGGACAUCAGCCUGUGCUGUGAAUUCUCAAAGCCUGAUGCAAGCAUCAGAUGGUACAAGGAUGGCAAAGCAAUUAGAAAAAGCCAGAAGUAUGACUUGCAGCAGGAGGGCACACGAGCCACUCUGAUCAUCCAUGACUCCACCAUCAAGGACAGUGGGGAAUACACCUGUGAGACAGAGGUCUCAAAAACAAAAGCCAGGAUCACAGUCCAAGAAAAGCCCAAUUAUUUCAUCAAGGAACUUUCAGACCUGAAAGCUGACGAAAGUGGAACCGCAGUGUUCAUGUGCCAGAGUGAGAGAGCUGCAUCCUCUGUGGUCUGGAGGAAGGGCAUUGCUGAACUCAGAGCUGGCAGGAAAUAUGAGAUCACACAGACGGGACAAGUGCUGCAACUGACCAUAAAAAGCUUGGAGAAGAGUGACAGUGACACUUACAGCUGUGACAUUGGUGAUGCCCAGUCCAGAGCCAAGCUUGUGGUGCAAGGCCAGAAAGUGCUAAUAACAGAAGACCUGGAAGAUGUCACUGUGUUAGAAGGAGAAUCUGCCAUGUUCAAAUGCAGAAUCUCUCCUGUAGACUAUAGCAAAGUGCAGUGGUUUUUGGAUAAAACCCCUCUCCAUACCAAUGAACUUAAUGAGAUCCAGUUUCAGCCUGGUGGAUAUCACUUGCUAACGUUGAAAAAGCUCUCACUGAAGGACUCGGGGGUCAUUACAUUUGAAGCUGGUGAUAAGAAAACAUCUGCCAGUUUGGUUGUUAAAGAGAAGCCCUGCAUCUUCACAAAGGAACUGGCUGACACUGGAGUCACUGAGGGAGAGGAUGUGAUUCUUCACUGUGAAACCUCCAAAGCAGACAUCCCUGUAAAGUGGUGCAAAGAUGGGAAGAGCCUUAGGAAUUCUCCCAAGUAUAACAUCAGCCGGUCAGGAUUUGAAGCCAAGCUUGUCAUUCACAGGGCAGAAGAAGGAGACAGUGGCAGAUAUGAGUGUGAGGCUGGAGCAGCUAAAAGUAGUGAGGUUAUUACUGUAAAGGAAAUGCCAGUUCUUUUCAAGCAAGAGCUCCAGAAUGAAGAAGCUAAAGAAGGAAAACAAGUCAAGCUGACCUGUGAGCUCAGCAAACCUGGCACCCCAGUGAAAUGGAUGAAAGGAGACACUGUUCUCUAUGCCAGUGAGAAGUAUGAGUUCAAGCAGCACGGUACUGUGGCAGAGCUCAUUAUCAGAGAUGUCAAAGCAGUAGAUGCUGGGGACUACACCUGCACUGCUGGGGAGCUGAAGACGACAGCUCGGGUCAAAGUAAACGCUGUACCUGUCCUUUUCAAACAAGCCCUGGAGAACACUGCCACAGAAGAGGGGAAAUCUGUCUCCUUGUGCUGCGAACUCACAAAAGCUGAUGCCACUGUGGUGUGGAAGAAGGGAGAAGCCAUGCUCCAGGCAAGUGCCAAAUAUGAAAUGAAGCAGAAGGGGACAGUGGCAGAGCUGGUGAUUCAUAAUGCAGAGCCAGAAGAUGCGGGAAGAUACACCUGUGACACUGGAGACCAGCAGACCACAGCCCAAGUCAAAAUCCAUGCCGCCUCUGUGCUCAUCAAAGAGGGACUGAAGAGCGUCGAAGCUGUGGAAGGUGGCACAGCUGCCCUGCAAUGCCAGCUGAGCAGAGAGGCCCCUGUGGAGUGGAGGAAGGGGCAUACUCUUCUUCGGCCAAGUACCAAGUACAGGAUGAGGCAGGAGGGCACGGUGGCCGAGCUGCUGAUCCGCCAUCUGGAGCCAGGGGAUGCUGGAGACUAUACCUGUGCAGUGGGGAGCCAAAAAACCACAGCUGCCUUGUCAGUGAAUGCCCUGCCAAUCCGUUUCAAGAAGGAGCUGAAGAACGAGGAAGGCACAGAGAGUGGGACAGCCACGCUGCAGUGUGAGCUGAGCCAGGCGGGCGGCUCGCUGGAGUGGAGGAAGGAUGGGAAGGUGCUGGUGCCAAGCAGCAAAUACAAAAUGAGACAGGAAGGGCGUUUUGUGGAGUUGGUCAUCCAAGACCUUGACUUAACGGAUACUGGGAGCUACACCUGCCUGUGUGGAGACCAGAAGACAACAGCUGCUUUGAAAGUGAAUGCCUUGCCCAUCCUCUUCCAAGAAGAACUGCUGAACAAGGAAGCUACAGAGGGCGAGGCAGUCACUUUGCACUGCAAACUGAGCAAAUCAGCCCAGGUGGAGUGGAGAAAGGGGGAUAAGGUCCUCAAGCCAAGCGCCAAGUACAAAAUAGAGCAGGAAGGUCCCGUUGCGGAGCUGACGAUCCGGGACUUGGAUCUGGCGGAUGCUGGUGGUUACAGCUGUGUGUGUGGAGACCAACGGACCGCGGCUGCCUUGACAGUACAUGUCCUGCCUGCUCUUUUCACCAAAGCACUGACAGAUGAGGAAGGCACAGAAGGCAAAAGUGUCUCCCUGCGCUGCGAGCUGAACAAGGCUGCUGCUAACGUGGAGUGGAAGAAGGGGUUCAAGACCCUCAGGCCGAGUGACAAGUACAAAAUGAGACGUGAAGGUGGCAUUGCUGAGCUCACAAUCCAAAACCUAGACGUGGCGGAUGCUGGGAGUUACUGCUGUGUGUGUGGAGACCAGCAGACCAUGGCAGUCCUGACAGUACAUGCUUUGCCUGCCUUUUUCAAAGAAGGAUUGAAGAACAGAGAAGCCACAGAUGGUGGAACAGCCACUCUGCACUGUGAGCUGAGCAAGGUCGGUGUCCUAGUGGAGUGGAAAAAAGGGGACAAGACACUCAAACCAAGCAAUAAGUACAGGAUGAGGCAAGAAGAUACUGCUGCAGAGCUGCUGAUACGAGGUCUGGAGGUAGAAGAUACAGGAGAAUAUACCUGUGUGUGUGGAGAUCAGAAGACCUCAGCUGUCUUGACAGUACAUGCUUUGCCUGCACUGUUCAAAACAGACCUUGUCGAUGUGGAAGCCACAGAGAGCGAGGCAGCUGUUCUGCAGUGUGAGCUAACUAAAACCGCUCCAGUGGAGUGGAGGAAAGGGCAAAAGGUGCUCAAGCCUAGUGAGAAGUACAAAAUGAGGCUGAAGGAUGCCACUGCUGAGCUGACAAUCCACAGCCUGGAGGAACAAGAUGCUGGAGAUUACACAUGUGUGUGUGGAGACAAGAUGACUACUGCAUCCCUGACAGUGCAUGCCCUUCCUCCACACUUUACACAAGAGCUGAAGAACGUGGAAGCCACAGAAAAAGGCAUGGCCACUUUCUGCUGUGAACUGAACAAGCCCUCAGCUGCUGUUGAAUGGAGGAAAGGAGACAGAGCCCUGGAGCCAAAUGACAAGUUCACCAUGAGGCAUGAGGGCACAAGUGCUGAGCUGGUGAUCCAUGAUUUAGAUCUGACAGAUGCUGGAGAUUACACAUGCUGUUAUGGAGACCAGAAAACCACUGCUGCACUAAAAGUCAAUGCCUUGCCUGCACACUUCAAGAAAGAGCUGAAGAACGAAGAAGCCACAGAAGGUGGCACAGCCACGCUACGCUGUGAGCUAUCUAGGGCUGCCUCUGUGGAGUGGAAAAAGAAACACAAAGUGCUCAAAUCAAGUGAAAAAUACACUAUGAGGCAGGAGGGUACUACAGCACAACUGCUGAUCCAUGCUUUAGAGGUCAAGGAUGCUGGGGAGUACACCUGUGUGUGUGGAGAUGUGAAGACCACUGCGGCACUGACGGUGCAUGCCCUUCCUGCUCUCUUCAAAGAAGAGCUAAGAAAUGAGGAAGCCACAGAAGGUGAAGCAGUGACUCUGCGCUGCGAGCUGACCAAGACUGCCUCAGUGGAGUGGAAAAAGGGACACACAGUGCUCAGACCUAGUGGGAAAUACAAAAUGAGGCAGAAGGAUGUCACAGCAGAGCUGGUGAUCCAUAACCUAGAUGAGAGUGAUGCUGGUGAUUACACCUGCGUGUGUGGGGAUAAGCAGUCCACAGCUUCCUUGGCAGUCCAUGCGCUGCCUGCACGCAUCAAGGAGAGCCUGAAGAAUGAGGAGGUGACAGAAGGUCAAGCAGCCACUCUGCACUGUGAGCUGACGAAGGUUGCUCAAGUAGAGUGGAGAAAGGGAAGCAGGCUGCUGAAAGCCAGUGACAAGUACAGAAUGAGACAGGAGGGCACGGUUGUGAAGCUGCUUAUCCAUGACAUAGAGUUGAAAGAUGCUGGAGAAUACACCUGUGUGUGUGGAGAACAGGAGACAACAGCUGCCUUGAUAGUGCAUGCCCUGCCUGCACUUUUCAAGGAAGAACUGAAGGACUUGCAAGCUGUGGAAAGCCAAACAGCCACACUGCGCUGCCAGCUGACCAAGGCUGCAGAUGUGCUGUGGAAGAAAGGAAAUCAGGCACUCAGGGCAAGUGGCAAGUACAUCAUGAGGCAGGAUAAUGCCCUUGCUGAGCUGGAAAUCCGAGAUCUAGAGCUGCAAGAUGCAGGAGACUACAGCUGUGUGUGUGGAGACCAACGCACCACGGCCUCCCUGGCAGUGAAUGCCCUGCCAGUGGUUUUCAAGGAAGAACUGAAGAAUGAGGAAGUCCAAGAAGGAGCAUCAGUCUCUCUGCAUUGUGAAUUAAGCAAAGCAGCUCCAGUGCAGUGGAAAAUAGGGUCCAGAGUGCUCAAAGCAAGUGACAAAUAUGAAAUGAGGCAGCCUGGCACCACUGCAGAGUUGAUCAUUCAUGACUUGGAAACAAAGGAUGCUGGAGAUUACACCUGUGUGUGUGGUGACCAGAAGACAACAGCAGCUCUAACAGUUCACGCUCUGCCACCACUCUUUAAGGAAGAGCUAAAGAAUAAGGAAGCAGAAGAAGGUGGAGAAGUCGUCCUGCACUGUGAGCUCACCAAAGCUGCUCCAGUGGAGUGGCAGAAGGACAAGAGGAUUCUCAAAGCCAGUGGGAAAUACAAAAUGAGGCAGGAAGGGACCAAGGCAGAGCUGGUGAUUCGUGAACUAGCUGAGGAGGAUGCAGGAGACUACACCUGUGUGUGUGGAGAGCACCAGACUACAGCUGCCUUAACAGUACAGGCUGUGCCUCCAUUUUUCCAAGAAGAAGUGAGCAGCAAGGAAGCAGUAGAAGGUGGAACAGCCACUUUGCACUGUGAGCUCAGCAAGACCUCUGCCCAUGUUCAGUGGAAGAAGGACCACCAUGUCCUCACCUCAGACAAGAAGUACAGCAUGAGACAGGAAGGCUGUGUUGUGGAGCUGGUGGUUCAUGAUUUAGACUUGAAUGAUGCUGGGGAUUACACCUGUGUGUGUGGAGACAAGACCAGCACAGCCACCUUAACAGUGCACGCACUGCCUCCAGAAUUCAAACAAGACCUGAAGGACCUGGAAGCUGUGGAAAGUGGGACAGCUACUCUGUGCUGUGAGCUGACUAAACCUGCUGUGGUGGAGUGGAAGAAAGGGCAGAAGGUGCUCAAAAGUGGCAGCAAAUAUAAAAUGAGCCAAGAUGGUGCCAUUGUAAAGCUGAUUAUCCACGAGCUGGAUGUGGAGGACACUGGAGAUUACACCUGUGUGUGUGGAGAUCAGCAGACAACUGCUGCUUUGACAGUCAAUGCCCUACCAGUACUAUUUAAACAAGAACUUCAGAAUACCGAGGCGGAAGAAGGUGAUACAGCAACACUGAGGUGUGAGCUUACCAAACCCAAGGCUCCAGUAGAGUGGAGGAGAGGAGAUGUUACCCUCUACCCUGGUCUGAAAUAUGAGAUGAAGCAGCAGGGCUGCACUGCUGAACUGAUCAUUUAUAACUUAGAGCUGGAUGAUUCAGGAAGGUACACCUGCACCUCUGGACAUCAGCAGACAACGGCUGUGCUAACCGUACAUGCACUGCCUGUCACAUUUAAGCAGCCCCUAGAAAAUAAGGAGUCAGAUGAAGGAAGCACAGCUACGUUCUGCUGUGAGUUGUCAAAACCCAACGUUGCAGUGGAAUGGAGGAAAGGAGGAGUGGGGCUUCAACCCAGCCAAAAAUAUGAAAUGAGGCAGAGGGAAUGCCUGGUAGAACUUUUAAUACAUAAUCUCAAAUUAGAAGACACAGGAGAGUACAGCUGUGACUCUGGGGAUCAGGAAACCAAGGCAUCUUUACAUGUGAAAGCUCUGCCAGUUCUUUUCCAAAAGGAGCUCAAAGACAAGGAGGCAGAAGAAGGAACCUCGGUGAAAUUCCAGUGCGAGCUGACGAAGGAUAAUGCAGCAGUGGAGUGGAGGAAAGGCACCAUGGAGCUCUUCCCAUGCUCCAAAUAUGAAAUCAAACUGAGUGGUCAGACAGCUGAACUUGUGAUCCAUAACAUAGAACCAGAAGAUGCCUCUGAUUACACUUGUGACACGGGAGACCAGCAGAGCACAGCAAUCCUCAGAGUGAAUGCCAUCAAACCCCGGCUGAAGCAGCAGCUGAAGAAUGAAGAGGUGGAAGAGGGAGGGACAGCCCAGCUGCGCUGUGAGGUAUCCAUUAGCAAAGCAGAAGUGGAGUGGAGGAAGGAUGGAGUUCUCCUGCACUCCAGCUCCAAGUACGAGAUGCGGCAGGACGGCACCGUCCGUGAGCUGCGUGUCCAUCACCUGGAGCCUGCUGAUGCUGGAGAGUAUUCCUGCAAGGCUGGAGAUGAGACAAGCUCUGCAAAACUGACUGUGAAAGAGCCUGACGUGACCAUUGUGAGUGGCCUGAAGGACAUGGUGGUGUGUGAGGGGGAUGAUGUCACCUUCCGGUGCCAGGUCUCCCAUGAAAACGCCAGGGAUGUGGAAUGGAGGCUGCAGGAUGUUGCUCUGCAAGACAACGAAAUGAACGAGAUCUCAGUGGAAAAAGGCAAGAUUCACACCCUGACCUUAAAGAAGGUGACUGAGCAGGACAUUGGCACCGUCGCUUUCCGAGUGGGGUCCCACACGUCGACGGCAGAGCUCACAGUAAAAGUGCCACCUCCCGUCUUUAAGGAGAAAUUACAGAGCAUAGAACUUCAGGAAGAAGAAACAGCCACCCUCUGCUGUGAGGUCUCUCAGCCUAAUGCUGCAGUGAAGUGGAAGAGGGGUGCUCAGGUGAUCUCCUCGAGCUCCAAGUAUGAAAUCAGGCAGGAGGGAACAAUCCAUACUUUGAAGAUUCAUCACUUAAAACCAGAAGACUCUGGCAAAUAUACCUGUGACAAUGGAAAUGACCAAACGACAGCCACUGUAACUGUUAAAGCUUUGCCAGCAACCUUCACAAAACCACUCCAGAACCAGCAAGCUGAAGAGGGUGGCACUGUGACUUUGAGCUGUGAGAUCUCAAGGUCAGGCACCACCGUGCAGUGGAAGAAGGCUGGGAGAGUGCUGCACCCAGGUGACAAGUACAAGAUGCAUCAAGAUGGAUCGGUGGCUGAGCUGACAAUUUGGAACCUGAGUGAAGCUGAUGCUGGGGAAUAUGUGUGUGACACUGGGGACCAGCAAACCACUGCAGCUGUGCUUGUGAAAGAACCAGCAGCAGCCAUUGUGGAGAUGCUGAAGGAUGUCACUGCCUAUGAAGGAGAAGAUGCAGUGUUUGAGUGCAGGCUGUCUCGGGAAACAGCUCAGGAUGCCCAGUGGUUCCUAGGAGAUGUUCCCCUACAAUCCAAUGAAAUGAAUGAGAUCAGAGUCCAAGGGACAUGUCACAGCUUGAUUCUGAGGAAGGUGACACUGGAAGACUGCGGAUCCAUCAGUUUCAAAGUCGGGCAGCAUACCUCAGUAGCACAGCUAAAGGUCCAAGCUGCUCCAGUCACCUUUGUAAAGGCACUCCACAGCUUGGAGCUACAGGAGGGUGGCACAGCUCAGUUGUCUUGUGAGGUGUCCAAGCCUGAUGUGCCAGUGGAGUGGAAGAAGGGCACAGCCGUGAUCCAUUCCAGCCAGAAGUGCAGCAUCAAGCAGGAGGGGAAUGUGCACACCUUGGUCAUCCAUGACUUGAACCAUGCAGACUCAGGGGAGUACAGCUGCCACACAGCUGAUGGGAAGACCACUGCCAGGCUUGAGGUUAAAGCCCUGCCUGUGCUUUUCAAACACUGGCUGAAAAACGAGGAGGUGGACGAAGGGCGCACGGCUGUGCUGCGCUGCGAGCUGACCAGAGCCAACGCGCCUGUGGAGUGGAGGAGAGGGGAUGUGGUGCUCCAGCCCAGUGACAAGUAUGAGAUCCGGCAGGAGGGGGCACGUGUGGAGCUCCUCAUCUACGAUGCUGAAGCUCAAGAUGCUGGUGACUACACCUGUGACUCAGGGGAUCAGCAGACCACUGCAUCCCUGCAAGUCAAAGUACUCCCUGUGCUCUUUACUAAAGAGCUGAAAAAUGUAGAGGCUGAAGAAGGGGGAAAAGCUGUUUUGCACUGUGAGAUCUCCAAACCCAAUGCCCCUGUUGAGUGGAGAAAAGGAGGGGUGGUCGUUCAACCCAGUGCCAAGUACCAGAUGAAGCUGAAAGGCAGCGUUGCUGAGCUGAUCAUCCAUGGUGUAGAGCCUGAGGACUGUGGGGAUUAUACCUGCAGCACUGGAUAUGAGAUCACCACAGGUUCUGUGUAUGUGCAAGAAGAAGCAGCAGUGAUAGUUUCUGGUUUAAAGAACACAGAUGUCUUCGUGGGGGAGUCUGCCACGUUCACCUGUGAGCUCUCGCACCCGGGGGUGAAGAACGUGCAGUGGUGGCUGGAUGGAUCUCCCCUUCACAACAACCUUGUGACUGAAAUCUCUGAGCAGGAUGGGAUGAUCCACACUUUAACCCUAAAUGAUGUGGCCUGCCAUGACUCAGGCACUGUCACCUUCAGAGCUGGGUCCCUUAUAUCUUCAGCUAAGUUAUUAGUCAAAGAUCCAACCAUUGAAGUGGUCAGUCCCAUGCAGGACAUAACUGUUGAUGAAGAUGGCACAGCAGAGUUCAUAUGCCAAUAUUCUAGGCCAGUGCACGCCAUAUGGAAGAAAAAUGAUCAGGAAAUACAUGCAGAUGGGCAGCGAGUGAUUAUCGAUCAGGACUGGAAUGUGAGCAUGCUAAAAAUUAAACCUACGGUACCAGAAGACACUGGCAUCUAUUCUUGUGAAGCUGGAGGCACUAAAGUGAUGGCUACACUUGAUGUUCAAGCCAAGAACAGCAUUGUCCAGGGCUUGGAGAAUGUGGAAGCCGUGGAAGGAGGGGAAGCCCUGUUUGAGUGCUACCUUUCUAAGCCUGAGUGCUACAACUACAACUGGCUGAUUGAUGAUGAACCUGCCAAAACUACAGAGAACACUGAGAUGGUUUACUUUGAAAAUGGACUCAGGCACAUUCUGCUGCUGAAGAAUUUGACUCCCCGGGAUAGCUGCAGGGUGACUUUCAUGUGCAGUGAUGCGGUGACCUCAGCUUUCUUGACAGUGAAAGGAUGGCGCCUGCAGAUCUUGCAGCCCCUUAGAGAUGUGGAGGUCUCUCCAGGGCAGAAAGCUACAUUCAGCUGUGUUCUAAGUGAAGCUGUGCCAGUUAAUGAAGUUACCUGGUACAGUAAUGAUGUCGAGGUCCAGUCAGAUGAGGACUGGGAGAUACAAGCAGAUGGAAACAGAUACACACUUGUCCUUAAAAAAGCCCAACCACAUCAUUCUGGAGAGGUGACCUUUGCUUCCAGGGAAGCAAUUUCAUCAGCCAAGUUAUCUGUGAUAGAGCCCUCAGUUACCGUCAGCAGUCCUUUGGUGGGAGGCUCAGUCGCAGAAGGGGAGGUGGCUCGCUUGGAGUGCAACCUGUCCAGUGAAACUGAGGAGAGAGUGACCUGGUUCAAAGGAAAAGAGCAAAUUAAAGCUGGAGGGAGAUACCAGAUCCAGUCUGAUGGAACAAAGCAGAUACUCAUCAUCCAUGCCUUCAAACCUGAAGAUCAGGACACAUACACCUGCAUGGUUUCUCCUGAAGUGAAGUCUGUUGCCACCUUGUCCCUUGAAGUUCCCACAGCAGCGAUGCUAAAAGAGAUUGCCAGGGAAGCACCUGCUGCAAGCCAACCAGAAGAGAGGGUGGAUGGCCAUGUCCAGCCCAGCUUACCCCCUGAAGCUGCUCAGGAGGGAGACCUUCACCUCCUGUGGGAAGCCCUGGCCAAGAAACGGCGGAUGAGCCGAGAGCCCACCUUGGAUUCCAUCAGCGAAUUGCCUGAAGAGGAUGAGAAGCUGCAGAAGCUGAGGAAGGAGGAAGCAGAGAUGUCUCAUUAUUACUCAGAGGAGUACUCAACAUGUGAUGAGCUGGCUAGGACGGGAGAAGCAGAUUUCUCUUUCACAAGCUCAGAUGAUGAGUCUAGAGCUGGGACUCCUUCGCUAGUAAACUACCUCAAGAAAGCUGGGAAGAAAAGUAUCAGUGUUACUAGCAAGGUUCAGUCCAGCUCCACAGGCAAGUUAUGGAAACAGUGGGAGAAAUCCACUGUGGAGACUGUUGUGGCUGCCCCAGCUGCUAAGCCAACUGAACCAGAACUGCCCGAUUUAGAUGACCCUUCCAUGAACAAGGCUGCUGUGAAGAUCCAAGCCGCAUUCAAAGGCUACAAAGUCAGGAAAGAGAUCAAGCAGCAAGAGUGCCCAGUGUUUACUGAGACCUUCAAAGACUUUUCUGGUGAGCCUGGAAGCACUCUCCACCUCGAGUGCGUGGCCCACAGCAAAACCGAUAUGAACGUUCGCUGGCUGAAGGAUGGGGAAGAGCUUUCAGACGGUCGCUACUAUCACAUCGACAACUACAACGAUGGGACCUGCUCUCUGAUUAUCACUGGCCUGGACAAGAAAGAUGCAGGUCAGUACACCUGCGAGGCAUCCAAUAAAUUUGGCAAGGUUUCACACAGUGCUAAGGUGGUCAUCGGUGCUCAGGAAGCUCAAGUCCUUCACAAGGAGAAGCGAGGCAAACACAGCACCGACAGCGAGACAGAGAGCUCCUCUGGGAGCGAGCUGGAUGAUGCUUUCCGUAAAGCAGGAAGGAGGCUUCACAGGCUCUUCAGAGCCAAGAUCUCAACAGAGAUAUCUGAUGUGGAGGAAGAGCUCUUUGUCAGCGCAGAUGAAGGGGACAUAGAAGUGGUUGACCAUCAGACCUAUCGUGAGGACGACCAGUACAUCUACAUCAAGUUCGAAGCCUUGUCUGAGGCAAAAAGUGCUGCCACACGGUUCAGAGAGAUGUUUGGAGCUCUGGGGAUUCCUGUGGAGAUUGAUAUUUUGGAGCAAGGCCCUAAAAAGAUUGAGCUACGCAUCGGGAAAGCAACACCAACCACCCAUGGGAAGUUUCCACCGUCAGUAGCGCGACCUCCACCACCCUUGCUGACCUCUGAUACAGCUCCCAUGUUCAUGACCGAGCUCCAAAACCAGGAGGUACAAGACGGGUACCCAGUCAGCUUUGACUGCUUUGUUGUUGGCAAACCACUGCCCACGGUCCGCUGGUUCAAGGAUGGAAAAGCUAUUGAAGAAAACGAUCACUACAUGAUCAAUGAGGACCAGGAGGGUUGCCACCAGCUGAUCAUCACUGCUGUGGUCCCCACUGACAUGGGUGUUUACCGUUGCCUCGCUGAAAACAACAUGGGAGUUGCUUCAACCAAGGCUGAGCUUCGAGUGGACUUGACCAGCACUGACUAUGAGACAGCAGCAGAUGCAACAGAGACAUCUUCUUACUACAGUGCCAAAGAAUAUAUUUCAAGCCGAGAACAGGAAGAAUCUACUACUGAAGAGGAGCAAUUGCCCCAGAUCUUCGAUGAGCUUCAUGAUAUUCAUGUGGCACCUGGAGCAUCACUGGCUAAAUUUCACCUCAAAGUGAAAGGGUAUCCACAGCCUCGUCUCUACUGGUUCAAAAACGGGCAGCCCUUGAAGCCUUCGGAUCGCAUCCUGAAGACCGCUCAGCGGGAGUUCCACUCGCUGGAGAUCCGCGGCGUCACUCCAGCGGACGCGGGCCAGUACUCGGCGCUCGUCAUCAACAGCGCCGGCUCUGCCUACUCCUCAGCCAGGCUGGUAGUUAAAGAUCCUUACGAGAAAGAAGAGCCAUCAGACACAGAUUCCCGUGAGCAGCUGAUUCCACCAAGGUUCUUAGAAAGAUUUACUAAUAAGAAGGUGAAAAAAGGUGCCAGCAUCACACUGUCUGUCAAAGUGGAAGGCCAUCCACCACCAACAAUUACUUGGCUGAAAGAAGUGUCUCGAGAAGGCAUCCUGUGGAUCAAGCCAGAGACUCCUGGGUAUAAACUUGCCAGUUCAAACAUGCAUCACAGUCUGAUCCUGUUGGAUGUUAAAAAGAAGUUCAGUGGAUCUUACACAUGCAUUGCCACUAACAAGGCUGGGCAGUCCAUCUGCACUGCCACCCUGGAGGUCGCAGACGCAAAAGAGGCUGAAGUUCUGACCCAGGAGCGAGUUAUGGUAUCAGAAGCCAUCAUGACCACGCUGGGAGAUAUUCAUCCCUCUGAAGCAAGAGAAGGAGACCUUGAAGCUGGUGUACCCAAAACUCCUAUUUCAUUAGCUGAUGUAGGCUCAGAAGAGUUCUUCCAGAAGCUCACCUCUCGCAUCUCAGAAAUGGUUUCUGCAAAAAUAAGUCAGGCUACACUUCGAGUGCCAGGUGCAGACAGCGAUGAUGAAUCAAAAACUCCCUCUGCAUCUCCUCGCCAUGGACGAUCCAGGCCUUCAUCCAUUGCUCAGGAGUCCUCCUCUGAAUCUGAAGAUGGGGAUUCCAGAGGAGAGAUCUUUGAUGUCUACAUGGUCACAGCUGACUACGUGCCUGCCACUCCUGACAAAGAGGCCAUCACUUUGAAGGAAGGUCAAUAUGUGGAAGUCCUCGAUUCAGCUCAUCCUCUGAAGUGGCUGGUCAGGACUAAACCCACAAAAUCCAGCCCCUCUCGACAGGGCUGGGUAUCUCCAGCUUAUCUGGAUAAGAAAUUGAAGUUGUCACCAGAGUGGGGAACCAUAGAAGCUCCUGAAUUCCCUGGAGAGUUUGUUUCUGAAGAUGAAUAUAAAAGGAAGCUAAGCGUUCUUAUUCAAGAGCUGUUGAUCUCAGAAGAGGAUUACAUUCAAGAUCUACUGUUCCUCCAGAAUCAUCAUCUGAAGUUCACUGAGACCUGUCCCAAUGUCCCAGGAGCUGUUGCCAGUCAGAAAUCCACUAUCUUCAGGAAUGUUGAUGACAUUGGUCGCUUCCACUCCAGUGUCUUCCUCCGAGGCUUGCAGAAAUGUGACACUGAUGAUGAUGUGGCCAUGUGCUUUAUCAAGCAUGAAGCAGAGUUUAAUAAGUACAUCCAGUACCUGGUGGGAAGGGUACAGGCUGAGUCAAUUGUUGUCAGCAAAGCUGUCCAGGAUUUCUACAAGAGAUACACAGAUGAAUUUUUAACUAAUGAAGAUCCUUCACAGCCACUUAUCCCACCACUGCAACACUACCUGGAAAAGCCCAUAAACAGGAUCCAGCAGUACCAGACUAUAAUCAAGGAAUUGAUCCGGAACAAAGCAAGGAAUAGCCAAAACUGCACUCUGCUGGAGCAGGCUUAUGCCAUUGUGUCUGCACUCAGCCGAAGAGCAGAAAACAACCUCCAUGUCUCGCUCAUUGAGAACUACCCAGGGACCUUGGAGAGCCUUGGUGAACCCAUCCGCCAGGGUCACUUCAUUGUGUGGGAAGGAGCCCCAGGAGCUAGAAUGGCAUGGAAAGGACACAAAAGACAUGUCUUCCUCUUCAAAAAUUACAUUGUGAUCUGCAAACCAAAGCGAGACACAAAGACGGACACCUACAGUUACAUCUUCAAGAACAUCAUGAAGCUGAACAACAUAGAUGUGAAUGACUUGGUGGAAGGGGACGACCGGGCCUUUGAGAUCUGGCACGAGCGGGAGGACUUGGUCCGCAAGUACCUCCUGCAGGCGCGCACGGUCAACAUCAAGAACUCCUGGGUGAAGGACAUCUGUGGCAUACAGCAGCGCAUCAGUGAGCCACUCUGGAUACCUCCAGACUUUGAGGAGGAACUGGCAGACUGCACAGCAGAGCUGGGAGAGACAGUCAAGCUGGCUUGCAAAGUUACAGGAGCUCCUAAGCCAUCUGUCAGCUGGUACAAAGAUGGAAAACCUGUGGAGGUAGAUCCCCAUCACAUUAUAAUAGAAGAUCCAGAUGGUUCCUGCACGCUGAUCUUGGACAACCUAACAGGCAUUGACUCAGGGCAGUACAUGUGCUUUGCUUCCAGUCCUGCUGGAAAUGCCAGCACCUUAGGGAAGAUCCUUGUUCAAGUGCCCCCACGGUUUGUGAACAAGGUUAGAAAUGCUUAUUUUGUGGAGGGAGAAGAUGCUCAGUUCACCUGUACUAUUGAAGGAGCACCGAGGCCUCAGAUCAGGUGGUACAAGGAUGGUGUACUCUUGAAGGACACAAGCAAAUACCAGACUUUCAGUGAACCACGGAGUGGCAUAAUAGUCCUGGUGGUCAAGAACCCUUCCAAUGAAGAUAUGGGACACUAUGAAUGUGAGCUGAUGAACAGAUUAGGGUCUGCAAAAAGCGGAGCAGAACUUUACCACCACACUGCUGCAGCCCUGACCCAAGAAAGGAGAGGAGGAGACCAAGCCAUUACAAUAGAAGGAAUGACUUCCUCACAGUCAGAGAUGGGGACAUCUGUCCAAGCCUCGCUUCAGCGCGCUGAUAAAGAGAUCAAGACAGCUCUGAGGAAACUCAUGGACUCGGCAUCACUGCUGGUGACUCUUCCCUCAGGCAUGCAAGGAGGAGCCGAUGGCCUUGGCCUUUCUGGGUCCAUUCCUUCAGCCAGCUCCUCUGUGCUAGUUCAUGAAGCCAGUACCCAAACCCAGGCUGCUGCAGGGCAUGACAAAGCACAAAGGCAGAUUCCAGAUGAAGAACCAAGUUUGCCAAAGCCCAGUCCCAGUCCUUCCCGUGAAGAAACAGCAGCUGGAGAUGAGAGCACUCAGGAGCACACUGCUCCUCCUACCAGACCAUCACCAGCUUCAGGGGCAGGAGACUGGUACAGAAGAGAAGGAGAUGUGGUCUGGGAUGUACGCAGCGAAGUUUACAUUGAGACCACAGAAAGAACUCGUGUGUAUAAGACUGAAGAGAAGACCCCAACAAGUCCUCCCUACAUGCAAGUAACCAUAGAGGAUGUGCAGGUGAAUGCUGGGGAGCGUGCCAAGUUCCAGGCAGUCAUUGAAGGAACCCCUCAGCCAACUGUUUUGUGGUUUAAGGGCACUUCACUGCUGACAGACAGCAACAGGAUCCACCAAGGGGAGGAAGGGACAACCUAUUUCUUAGUUGUGGACGACGCUGUCUCUGAAGAUGGUGGUGUUUAUACCUGUGUUGCCAAGAACACGGGAGGGGAGGUUUUGUGCAAAGCAGAGCUUGUUGUGCGUGAAGCUAAGAAAGACCAAGAGGCAAAGAAAGUGGCCACCAGGAGAAAGCUUCAUUCCCUUUAUGAGGUUAAGCAGGAGAUUGGAAGGGGCUGCUUCAGUUUCGUGAAACGAGUGGUGCACAAAGGGAACGGAGUGUCUUGUGCCGCUAAAUUCAUCCCCCUGCGGAGCAAAACGAAGGCUCGAGCGCACCAAGAGAGGGAUCUCCUCGCCUCCCUGUCCCACGACAGGAUCACCAGGCUGCUGGACCACUUUGAAACCAGGAAAACACUGAUUCUGGUCCUGGAGUUAUGCUCCAAUGAAGAGCUCCUUGACCGGCUAUUCAAGAAGAGUGUCGUCACUGAAGCUGAGGUCAAAUUGUAUAUCAGGCAGAUUUUGGAAGGGAUCAAAUAUCUCCACGAUAACAACAUCCUUCAUUUGGAUAUUAAGCCGCUGAAUAUCCUCAUGGUUUACCCUGAAAGGGAGGAUCUUAAGCUCUGUGACUUUGGAUUUGCUCAGAAGAUCACCCCCUUUGAGCCUCAGUACAGCAAAUAUGGCUCUCCAGAGUUUGUUGCCCCAGAGAUGGUUUCUCUGUCGCCAGUGUCAAAAGCCACUGAUAUCUGGGCUGUUGGAGUCAUCACAUAUUUAAGCCUAACAUGCAAGUCUCCAUUUGCUGGGGAGAAUGACAGAGGGACCCUUCUCAAUAUCCAGAAGGGGGAAAUCUCCUGGACCAUUCCUGAUGUUGUUCACUUGAGCCAAGAUGCAAAGGACUUCAUGCAAGGGAUCCUACGGCAGAACCCCAAAGACAGGCCUAGUGCUUUGGAUUGCCUUUCCCACAAGUGGUUCAUGCAUAAUGUCCCCCUUGAAGCAGCUCAUUUCAUUAACACCAAGCAGCUCAAAUUCAUUGUGGCUCGGAGCAAGUGGCAGCGCUCCCUGAUGUGCUACAAAUCCAUCCUGGUGAUGAGGUCUAUCCCAGAAAUCCUCGAGAGGACUCAUGACAACACCUCUCUGGCCAUCUCCCGGCACCUCAUUGAAGAGAGCACUUCAUCCAGCACCAGUGGCUCCUCCUCAGACAACGAGAACUCUCACUUCCCCAAGAAGAGGCACUUUGGCUCCACACCUGAGCUGCAUUUGUCCAUAUUUGAUGCACCAAGCCAGCAGGAGCCUCCAAAACAUGCAAGUGAAGAGAAGCACUCCAAAAUCCCAGGCCCUCCAGUGAAACCCAUGAGAAGGAAGUAUGCUGCAGCAAAAGCUGAGGUGGGGGACAAAUCACCUACAGAGCUCAUGGAAAGAACAUUCAAGGAGAAAGAGGAGGGACUCCAUGCCAGACUUGGAGAUGAAAGAGCAGAGCAGUCCCAAAGAAGCAGUGCUGCUGAGCCUCCAUCAGUGAGGGCUUCCAGAGAAAGCCAGAAUGAAAAACCAGGCACAGUUUUAUCUGAUAAGGACAGAACUGAAGCCUCUGAGGAUGGGACAGAAAAGCCACCUGUCUUUGUGCCCAGACAGAGUGUCAUUAAGAGCACCUUCUACAGCCAAGCAGCUGAGGCACCUGCAAAGAGCCCUUCCUCCCCAGGCAGGGAGUUCAGAAGGCACUUGGACAGAGCCAGAAGGACUUUCAGGAAAGCUGGAUAUUCCAAGGUGCCUCUCAGUGGGCUCCGUGAACCCCUCCUAGAGCAGUUUGAACUGGAAGAAGAAGAAGAAGAAGGGAGGUCUGGUGAUGAUCACAGGGAAAGUCUGCUUGGUUCCUUGACCAAAUCAGCUUCCUUUGACACUGCAAGGAAACCACCACACCCUGCCAUUGCUGGUGCUCCCCGAAGCCGUUCCCUGGAUGACUACAGGCUGAGAGCCUCAAGGUCAUUGCUGGAACAAGACAUCUUGGAGGAAGACUGCGAUCUGUUGUCACAGGAAAGCUGCCCUGAAGGCAGUGUCCACUGCGACAGCUCCGCAGGGGCUGGCAAGGGAUGUUCUGCAGACACUCCAAAGCAGGAGGACUUUAGGAAAGUCAGGAAGGAUUGCUCAGAAGAGCAAUGUGAGGGUGAUGGGUGCCCAGCUGCUCUUGGGCAACAUCUAGAGAGACUUCCAGUGUCACCUCACAGGAGUGAGAAUAAGAAACAUUUACUGAAGAAGUCAAAAGCUACUUACAUUGAGGAUGAAGCUGAAGAUCUGGAGGGCAAAAGCCCCAUUCUAAGUGCCCAGUGCUUAGAUGUAGCUGCAUCAUCAGCUCAAAAACCUGAAAUCAUGGAGGGCCAACAGUCUCCUGGCAGUGCCUCUGACACUGCUUUUCAGGAAGGCAAACAUUCCAUUCCAGCUUCCACACAGUCACAGACCACCUCCGUGUCGGUCCCUACAAGUAAGGGAGAUGUGUGUCUGCCCCAGGAGUCUGCUCACAGUACUGACAUCCAGCCAGGUGGAAAAAGUGGAAGCUCACUGAUCAAAAGGCCAGCCCCUGUUCCACCUUGGAAAGACAAAAGGCUGAAACCUUCACAUGGGACAACUUCUACUCAUCAUCUUGCCAAAUCAGACCUCAUGGAGCACGAAAGCUCAGCUGUUUCACCAGGUCCACAAAGAGAAACUGAUUCAUUUCCACCAGGUACAGAUAGAAGUCAGGAACUUCAUGGUCAAAGUGUUCCAGCAGCUGCUGUCUUAGUGGGCAAACAGCCAGGUACUCUAACCUCUCUGCAUACAGCUGAUGAAGGUGCUCAUCAGAAGAUGCAGACCUAUAAAGAGGUGAGAUCUGCUCUCCUAGAGGAUGAAGGACUGAGUGCUACAGGGAUCACUCCAUCAUCAUCUUGUGUUGGUGGAAGCCAAGCACACAAGAAGGCUCCUGUUCACGUGGACACAGCAUCAGCUAUCCCCAAAGGAGAUCAUCUCACUGUUCCAAAGCCCCCCCCACCAAAAUCAGUGCUGACUUCGGUCUCCGAUGGAGCCCAGCAGGCUGGAAGGGAACAGCCAGCUCACAGCAAGGAGAGGCUUGCUGCUCUGAGGAGUAAAAGCUCAGCUGCCACAGAGCUUCUUCCCAGGUUGACCCAUGAGGCUGAAAUCAUGGCAGCUGAACCCCAGCAGCUGUCUAAAGGCAGUGGCAGAGUUUCUUCUGCUCAUCUGGAGGGUGAGCCUCCAGGUGUCCUAACUGCUUCACAGGAAGGAGUUUCCCCAGCUGCAGUGUAUGGGCCAGAGAGCGAGGAAGGUGCCGAGGUCUGUGCUGAGGGAAGAGCUGCCUUAGGAAGAGGAAGCUGCGACGCUGCAGAGGCUCUCCCACCGUCACUCCGCAGGGAUCAAAGGCAGGAGGGCUCACAACACAGGUUGUCUUUUUACAGUGAUGAGGAGUCUGCUGUGCUGGAGGGCUUGGUGGAUGAGAUGGUUUCUCUCUCUGAAGAGAUGAAUGUUUGGGCAGAGUCAGUUUCUGGCGAGGAGGAAUGCAGAAAGCAUUCUGCAAAGAAAGCAAGCAGAAAGUUCUGCAAAGGCCAAGGUAGCCAAGAAUCCAUGGACACCUCAUUCCCUUCUGUACGAGGAGGUAAAAGAGGAGAGGUCUCUGAGCUGGCUGAGCUUGCAGAACCCCAUCUUGUUGUGAGUGAGGAGUCAGGGGUGCUGGAAGGGCAGGGGGCCCCGAGGGCUCCUCACGAAUGCGAGCAUCUGGAAGACUUAGCAUUUGAGAGCUGCGUGUCGAGCCUUUCCUCAACAGAGAGCUUGGAGACUGCAAAAAGACCUGCUCAGGUGUCAGGGGGCAAGGACACUGCUAAGCAGCCAGAAAUUUUCUUGCUGAAAAUCAGAGACCUGUCAGAUGAAGCACCCAAAUUCGACAUCUCGGAGGUAGAGCCUGCCUAUCUCAACUUCUCUGACUUGUAUGACAUUGUCUACUUCCCCUUUGAAUUUCUGAGCUACAGGAAGCCUCAACCCAAACCAGCUGGUCGAAGGUUUAUGCCUUUCAGUGAAAGGGCAAGGUCACCUCCUGCGGGACACCUGCAUAAGGAUAAAAGGUUGUGCGUCAGAGAAGAGGCAGGAGGCAAGAACAGGAAGAACCAGCUGGAAACAUUUGAGGAUUCAAAGGCAACCAACUUGUUGGCCACGGGGAAAGAGUCAGAGGGUCACAAGGAAAUGUAUGGCCCCCAAAAGGACUCCAGUGGAAAGCAGAAAAGCUCCAUCCACAAGCCAGGACUCUUUAAGCCAUACGCGAGGUCAAACUCAAUGGAGCAGUCAACGGAGCAGAGUCUGAAGAAAAAAGUAAAAGCUUCUGUUGCCCAUAUUUCAAGAAUUCUAAAAGGAAAGAUAUCUCCUGAGCCAGAGUCAGAGGAAGAGUUUGGUGAGCUGGGAAGCGAGGCAACAGAAAAGGAGCUGUUACUAGGAGCUGAAGGAUCUCUGAAGAAGAAAUCAGCACUCUCUUCCUUCAAGUUACCAAGCUUCAUCUCAAAGGAGAAAGCACCUUCGUUCGUCGAGGAGCUCCUUGACCAGGCUGCAGCUGUUGGGCAGUGUGUGACGCUGUCAUGCCGGACAGCAGCUCACUCCUCCCUGCACAUCAACUGGUUCAGAGAUGGGAUACUUGUCCAGAGCAGCAGCCGGAUCCUCAUCUCAGCCACGCUCAAGAACUUCCAGCUGUUAACUAUUCUCUCUGUUAGUGCUGAGGAUUUUGGCAUCUACACUUGCGUGGCCACCAACUCCCUGGGCUCAGCAUCCACCUCUUGCAUCAUAAGAAAAGCAGAGGUUCCUCCCAGCCCUCCACCUCCUGAUGUUGUGGAUGUCUACGAGGAUGGAGUGCAAGUGGUCUGGAAACCUGUGGAAACCAACAUUCCCAUCCAUUACACUGUCCAGUGCAAGAGUGAAGAUGGGGAGUGGAUCACUCUUGCUUCUGACGUUGCUGACUGCUGCUACUACGCUAAAAAUCUCUCCAGGGGGUUUAUCUACUGCUUCAGGAUAGCCUGCACCAGCAAAGCAGGAAUGGGCCCUUACAGUGACCCAUCUGCCAAAGUGAAAAUCACUGGGAAGGAUCAAAUGGAGCUUCAUGCUGCAAUACAGAGCUCUCCAUCAGAAGAAGACAGUGAAAUAAUCACCCCAUCUGAGCCCUUCCCAACCUACCAGACCUACGCCUUCCAAACAGAGAUCAAAAGGGGACGUUUCAGCAUCGUCCGGCAGUGCAGGGAAAAAGUAACCGGCAAGACCUUAGCUGCUAAAAUUAUCCCUUACUGGCAAGAGGACAAGCAGACAGUGCUCCUGGAGUUCCAAGUCCUGAGGAAGCUUCACCACACAAACAUAGCUCAGCUGAAGGGAGCCUACAUCAGCCCACGGCACUUGGUGUUGAUCCAGGAGAUGUGUGCGGGACCGGAGCUGCUCCACUCCCUGGCAUUACGGACAUCGUACUCAGAAGUGGAAGUCCGAGAUUACCUGUGGCAGAUCCUCAGUGCCAUUGAGUACCUCCACGCACACAACAUCCUGCACUUGGAUCUCAGGUCUGAAAACAUCAUCAUCACUGAGCCCAACCUGCUGAAACUCCUGGAUUUUGGCAAUGCACAGUUCUACACACAAGACAAAGUCAUUAUCUUGGACAAGUGCAUGGACUAUGUUGAAACCAUGGCUCCAGAACUGCUGACAGAGCAAGGAGCCCUCCCACAGACUGAUAUCUGGUCCGUUGGAAUCACAGCCUUCAUCAUGUUGAGUGCCAACUACCCUGUCAGCUCGGAGGUACCCUGUGAGUUUCUGAGAGUGGCCAGGAAGGGUAAAGUGAAGCUCACACGAUGCUACGCAGGGCUCUCUGGGGGAGCAGUGUCCUUCCUCCAGAGCACACUGUGUGCCAAUCCCUGGGGAAGACCAUCAGCCUCAGAGUGCCUUCAGAGCCCAUGGCUGCAGGAGACUGGUUUGGACAACAGGCAGCAAGCAUUGGUCACCUUCCCUACCACAAAGCUAAGGAACUUCCUCACAGAACGGGAAAAGAAAAGGGUCCUGCUGUGCUCCAAGUAUGGCCUUAUGGUUGCACAGUGAUGUGGCUGCAGUGACAAACAUGAAUUGUCAUCUUCUUCCCUUGUGCACUUAGUGUUUGGUACCAGAUGGUCCUGUCAAGUUGCUGUGCAUCAGCUGAGCUGGGGUAGCCGCUCUCUGUGAACGGGAUUUAGCGCAGCUGAGCAAAUUAACUCACAUAUGGGCAUUGCCACGAGGUAAGAGCAGAAAUAUGGACUGCUGAUGGGGCUCAGCUGACCUAUGGGAACUUGACAGGAUGUGUGUCACACUCCCUGGAACAGCCAGGGAAGAUUUCUGAACAGGACAGCUCCCAGACCCAAGCAGCUUUGCAAACCUUUCCCUGAGGCCAGACAGACUCCAUGUGUGCCAACACUGGACACCUGACUUCUGCCUCUGACUUCAGGACAUGAUAACCCAGAUGUGCUUUCAGAUGCUAAGCACUUCUCAUCCCACCAGGACCACCACAGCAAGGUCUGAGUGACUGGUGGGUUCCUCACCUGCCUCCAACCCAAAAGAAUUCAGUGACCAGUUAUGAGGGGAAAAUAGGGAAGAACAAAGCACUUUUAGAGGGCUAACAUUAGGCAGCAAUGUGUCUUCAGGCUUUGGAUGUCGAGGUCCAACUAGAAAGAGACCUGAAUGAUCCAUCCUGAGCUGAUAGCUGACCUUGCUUUAAGCAGAAUGUUAGUCUAGAGACCUCCUGAGCUCCCUCCUAACCUGAUUUGUCCUGUCUAUGUCUUUGCCAAGUGCCAGACACAGGGGUGGAGUGGUGGAACUCUGCUAGCAUCCAUGAGCAGCCAGGCUUUGUAUGUCACUUACCCAGCCAAGCUCUCCACCAUCCCCCUGUGGGAAUAACUUGGGCACCAGCCAGUAAAGGCAGCCAAUGCAAUAGUGACCAUGGUUUCAUUACAUGCAGAUGUUGUACCACUGACAGAUUUUGCCACUUUGAAGCUGGGCUCCUCUAUUCUGGAGAGGUCAGAGGCACAUCUACAAGAUGUGGCAGCAGCGUGAGCAGCAAACGCUGUGUCAUUUCCUUCUUAAAAGCAAUCCUGAACUUGGACGUUCCUUUCUCCUUCAAACUCUGCUUUCCUUGGCAAUGGAUGGUGUUAGCUGUGCCACUGCUUUGUGCCUCAGUGUUCCUUUGAGUUUCUCUGAAGUGAAUGAUCUGUUUGUUUCUUCUCAGUGAUAUAUCAGUUUCUUCUCAGUGAUACACCAGUUGUUUUCUUCUCGAUUUUGGUGAGCUUCUUCAGUUUUCCUUACAAGCAGCAGUAAGCAGAAGCUUUCUCAGAGCUGUAUCUGGCUGUGUUUAGGGGAACAAAGGGGAAACAGUUCCCAAGGAGUUACAGUUUGAUACUGGAAGGAAUGCUGUUUAACCAGGGGUGGGCUUCUCCAACCCCUGUAACCCAUCUUGCUCCAAACUUGAUGAGAGCAGCAUCAGACCUUCCCUUGCACAGUGUGCAGAGCAGGAAUAGUGAGUGACUCAGAACAGAGGAACUUUCUCUGUGCUGUGGAGAGCAGACACUGACUCAAGAGAUUGUAAAGGUUUGAAUGUCAAAGUGACAUUGUCUUCACUGUGUGCUACAGAAGAGAAAACCAAGGGUUCCUAGGCAGGCUCCAUGCUCAGUUCUCUUGGAGAACAGAGGAGUUACACAAGACAGACAUUGCCAUAAGCUCUGUCCUCCAAUAAACUCUCCAGCACCUUGGACUCCUUCCAAUUCCACUUCUCUUUACAAAUCCAGUUAAGGUUUCUGUUGGCACAGGCUCAUCCUUUACUCUUGCUGGUGCACUUUAGGAUGGAAAGCUCAGUGCUAGGGGACAACCCAUCUAAGCAUGAAACUUAGCUGCAGAUUAACUCGUGUGGAGCUUUCACACUCUUCCAUAUACGACUCAAAGGAAGUAAUUUUAUGGGGUUUUUUUGCUUCUCACAUCUGCAGGCAUUUGGGCAUGGCUGAGGUCUUUUUGUAGACUCCAUACUGUUUGGUUAACUAAGCCAUUCUGACAAGGAAGUAAAGCCAGAAUUUUCUGCUGAA